AUGAAGGCACCAGCAGGACCUCCUACAGUCUAUGGACCAGAAAUCAGCGCAACUCGGUGUGAGACGCGGGCCACAGCUGUGCCACGCGGUGAACCAGGCCUUCAAGAUCAACGAGCUGCUCAACCUCCGUCCUCUUUGUCUACAAGCGAGAAGUUGUUGGAAGCGUUGGCAGAAGGAGUACAGCAACUUCAGCGUGCACAACUGGAGCACUUGGAGAAGGCUGAAAUGAGACGGCUUGAGGAGUCUCCAGAGCAGUGCAAACCGGGUACGACUACGCUCCCGGCGCUGGCUCCCCCCAACGGGAAUGAAAGUGCAGUGGCGCUUCAGGACUGGGUUGAGGUCAUAGAUGGACCUUUGAGGGACAUCUCGGACAGCAGUUCGUGGUGGUGGGACACGGUAAAGGAACGAGCCCAGCAGAGCUGCAAGAUGUGGGUGGCGGGGCCUUACGUGUGGCUUGCCCUGAAGCCUCCAGCUGCAGAUGGCUUGGAGAAAGGGAAGUACUCUCGAUUGAGUGCCCGCACAGCGGGCAUGAUGCUUCAGGCUAUGGCAGAAGUCGUUCGUGCAGAAAUGGUGGCAAGGGCAAUCACGAGGUCGCCGGUGGCUUUGUUGUUCAGACUUUACACAAUGUACCAGCCGGGCGGUGAAAGUGAAAAGGCGUAUAUCUUGCAGUAUUUGGUGUCUCCACCGAAGGCUUCUACGGCUACCGACUUGGUGACCAUUCUUCGCUUGAACAACGUGGUCUCCGAGCUGUGGGCGAAGGACAGGGAUGUCAUGUUCAGAACCCAGCUUGUGAAGAGUCGGCUGGGUGUGGACACAAGUCCUACGUGGGAGACUACGCUACAGCUUCACCAGCAUCUCCGUGCAGAGUCGGAGAGUCUUGCGAGUGGUCUUCCAACGAGUGCUAAACCUGGAGCAGCUGACCCCACCCAAGAUUCGACCCUUUCAGCCAAGUGGCCCAGUACAGCCCAGGACAUCCACGACAACGGGACCUACGACGACUUCUACAAGUACGACAGCGAGUGGAAGUGGAGGCGAAAAAAGGUGCAAAUGGUUUACGGAGCCUGGGGGAUGCAAAAGGGGCGGCACGUGGCCAGUGGAUGUCCCACGAAGAACGAGGGCGGUGAUGGAACACCUUUCAAAUCGAAAGGGAAAGCCAAGCCAAAGAGUGCGCCGACAACGCCUACAGCGAAGGAUGAUGGAGGACAGGGUGGUUCAGCGGCAGCAAGAGCGAUGGUUGCUGAACCGGAACCACAGCCACCAGCUCCUACGUCGCCGGUGAAUCAGGAAGGCAGUCAGCAAGGCUCCCAGUCAGGGGAGGUCAAGGACGCGUUGAGAGAUGCAGCGCAAGCCCUGAGGUCGUUGAUGAGUUCGGGAUCUACUACGGCUUCGUCUCCUGCGUCAACCUUGGAAGGCCUGCAACGCCAACUUGAUGAGCUGCGACUGAAGACGAUGAAGGUGUCAGAGGAUGUGAGCGUUUUAAGAAUGACACAGCGAACUUCGUUGGAUGGGCGGGUUGCGCUUGAGCCUACAGAGGUGCCUACGCUUAUCGACUCUGGCGCCACACAUAUCCUUCGGCAUCCUCGCGAUGAUGGGGAGUUGGCCUCAGCAACCAGGGUGUCAGUGACCUUAGCCAAUGAUGAGAAAAGGGACUUACUUCAGACUGAGUCCGGGGCCAUCCUGUCAACCUCGAAGGACACCCAGCCGAUCCUGCCGAUGGCCGAGUUGGUGAGAGCGGGAUGUGAGAUCAGUUGGAAACGGGGUGUUUUCAAAGUGGUUCAUCCAGUGUGGGGUGAGCUACGAACGGCUCUUCGAGGAGGAUGUCCAGAACUGGCUCAGGAACAAGCAGCGAAGUUGGUGAAUGAAAUUGAGAAAAAGAAGCUACAGGAGUUUCGCGAAGGGGUUUCCCUGCUGAAGUCAAAGUUGGAACAUCUAGUUCAUGAGGAGCGACUUCCGUGGACCACUUAUGCCUCGAGGUACUUGGAGAGUGGCCUCGCCAAGGAUCUGUGGAAGGCUUUGCAGGGAUCCUUUCUGAAAUCUUUGCCGGAAGCUUCUCUUGAUGCGCUGUGCAGUGGAGUGCGAUUGGAUGGCGGUUGGCAACACUUGAAGACCUUCCCGUUUCCACGAAGGUUGAGAAAGAGACUGUUGGAUUCGAAGCAGUGGAUCAUCUAUUUGUCAGUCCAUCGAGAUGAAGUGCUGCCCAGACCUGAGCUGCACCAUGAAGACGCAGUGGUACUUACUGCUCAUCCGGACCUACUUCCUCAAGUCUACGAAGCGCUACUAUGGGCAGCUACGGGCAGGAUCGCUGCUGUUGUGGGUUCUACUCCUGGGAGUUCCAUGAUGAAGGACUCACAGAUGGUUAGGUUGGCCAGGGCGUUCGUUCUCUAUGUGAUUGGAAGGCUUGCGAGACCUACGAGCCGAGUUGGGUUUUGUUGGACCGCGCCAAAGGAGGGGCGAGGAGAAGCCCUGGACACAACACUGAGGGACUUCAAGGGGGCAACCUCCAUGGACGAGGUCGACGUUGUCAAGGCCUCUGGAACCGAAGGGAAGGAGAAGGUGAUGUCGAUUGUGACCAACUAUAAUGGUGAAAGUUUGGAUCCCCAGUGCUACUUCGAGGAUGUGGAAAUGAACAAGUGCGUGGAAGAGGCGAUGUCCCCUGAGGAGUGGAAGGACCAUGUGAAGGCCGGACUACAGGGUGAUCGAACAAAGGCGGCACGUGUGAAGUACUUGCUGGUUGCAAAGUUCACGAUCCCAAAGUCCUAUGUGACGGGCGAGUUUGAGCCUACAGGAAGCGAUCCUCCGGUUGAUGAAGAAGUUGGACACGAAGAUCUAUUUGACGAGGAGGAAGGCGGGGAAGUGAUGAAGGCAAGCGUCUACGACAGCUCCUCGAAAGAUCUACUACACGGUGAUGAGGAGGAGGACACUCCGGCUGAUGAGGACGCUCUACCAGAAGAGGAGCGUGAUGAAGGCAAGGGCGUGGGUCCAAUUCCUAUGGAUGUGAAACCUCCUCAGGCUACCUAUUUGUUGUUCGCCGAGCCGAUGUUGAAUGACAAGGGACCUACGAUUGCAUCAGCGGUACAAGCGGUGGUGCUGUACUUACAGAGCCUGAACAUCCCAGUGUUGAGGUUCCAUUCAGACAGAGCGGCCCAGCUGAUGACGAGAUCCUUGACGCAGUGGCUCCAUGGGCAGGCCAUUCGUGUGUCUACAAGUACUCCAGGUGUUCCUCAAGAGAACGGUGCGGCAGAGAAUGCUGUGAAGGAAGUCAAGCUCACCACACGAAAGAUCCUGUCGUCGUCUACCUUGGACAAAGCUUUCUGGCCUGUUGCGGCAAGGGCUGCUGCUUCAAUUCAGCGAGCUCGGGUGCUUCAACAAGUUCCAAGAAUGGUUACAGGCUUUGGUGCAAAGGUCCUGGUGAAGAAAAGGAGGUAUGCAGCGUCGGGAGCUUUGAUUCGCUUGGAGUUUGAUGAGCGUUGGGCCGAAGGUAUAUAUCUGGGUCUUUCAGAUCAGGUUUCCAAUGGUCAUCGAGUCUAUGUGGAUGGAAUCUUUACGCGCACCAAGAAUGUGAAGGACAAGGCGAAGUUGGUGGAUGCAGGAGAUGAAGGGCGGGAUGAUGGUGAGAAAAGAAUGGGAGAUGAACCGGAACUACCACGGGCCCGCAGAAGGAUUGUUGGCAAGUCUACACCACGAGUGGCAACUCUGGAUCGGAGGGUGGACCUUGGUGUAUAUGAUGAUGAUCUACCGGAGGAUCAGGAAGAGCCUGGCGUCUAUGACGAUGAUCUACAGGACGACCAGGACGAGUCUGGUGAGGACGACGGUCUGGUGAACACUGCAGAAAGUGCUGUGGAAGAAGCUCACCUACCUCCUCGUGUGGCGGCGCUGGACCAAGGAAGGGCUGAAGCACAGACUGGUCAAAUGGAGUUCAUAGACCCUGAGGACUACGCGAAGGAGAUCAUAUACAACGAGGACGAUGUGAAUGAGGAUGUGAUCGAGCGGCUGUUUGAAUUGCUCCCAAGCCAGGGACUACCUCGGCAAACAGAAGACUGCGGUGCAAGCGGUUUGUCACCAAAGGCGUGGGCCUCUGGAGUUUAUCGUCAUGGUGGUGUGUUGGGAGUGAGGAACUCGCCGAAGGAAUUUCCUUAUUCUACACGGUUGGUGAAUCAGUUCAUUCGUGGAGUUUUGGGUGAAUCGGCUACUUGGUCUACGUUCUCACUCCACCGAAACCUCAGUGUGAAGAGACAUCGUGACUCACACAAUGCUCGCGAUGAGUUGUCCUAUUUGAUCCCAAUCAGUGACUUCAGACAAGGGGGACUUUGGACACAAGCUGGUGUUGAUGAAGUGGUCGAUGAUGACGAAGUGGUCGUUGUGGAUGGGAAGCGUGGGAGCGUGAAGCCUUUACAGUCUGAGGAGGGGUCGAAGAAGGUGAUUUCUUUCAACCCGAGGCAGUGGCAUGCGACGAUGCCGUGGACCGGGGAUAGACUAGUGCUGGCGGUCUACAAGGUUCGUGGACUGAAUAAGAUCAAGCCAGUUGAUGAGGACGUUGCGCUGGAUUUGGGGUUUCCUCUGCCUACGAACGAUGCCGAGAGUCCAAGGAUGUGCAAGCUCAUUGGUGGGGAAGGUGAGCAACCAGGUCCUGUGCCACAGGAAGAGGCUGAAGUGGAGCUGGAGCCAGUGGAGGAGUUUAUGUACAUCAGGAUGUCCGAGGCGGAGUGGAAUACCACCAUUGCGAGAUAUGGUCCAGAUCAUUAUGUUGCGGAAAUGGCUGUGAGAUGGCGGAGGAUUGCAAGAACCCGAGGAGGGGAACUUGAACUCAGUGAUCCCGGCCGCCAUUGCUGCAGAUGUUGA